GUUGAUUUUCAGUCGCAGUUCGUGCGCGACUCUGCAGCCGUAGCGUCGUGGGCCAAACGAGUCGCGUCGCAUUAUGAGCUACUGUACUUACUGUUCAUUGUGCUCGUUAUUUAUCUGUUUAGAUUUUGAGGAUUUAUUAUUUUAGUUUUAACCCAAAUACCGUCCACAGGUUGAUCUUAUGAAAUAUAAUGAUCAAAAAGGCAAAUGAGUAUAAAAAUGGAAACUUCUAUCUUCGUGUAAAAACUUGGAACGCAUGAUGAGUGUGGAAGUGGAGAGGAAGUUUUUAUUCAGUGCAGACACCUUAAAAAAGCUUGAAGAGAUCGGAGCUCUGUGUAUUGGCCAGACUCAAUUUCACGACCAGUACUUCGACACCCCCGAGUUUGACCUGACUCUGAGAGACACGUGGCUGCGUAAACGCGAAGGAUGCUGGGAGCUCAAGUGUCCCACGGCGCCUCUCGGGGAGCAAUGUGAAGCGGCAGCACUGUGUACUCGCUACAAGGAAAUUACCAGCCUCGCUGACAUUCAGCUCAGGGUUCAAGAGGUCAUCAAAGACAGAGACACAGAGACAAGUGCCUCACUCCUGGAUGAACGUUGGCUCAGCAAGAUGAACCUGGUUUGCUUCGCGGAGUUUACAACAGUCCGGCGGUCGUAUAGGUUACAGCAGGAAGGGGUGAAGAUAGAUCUGGACCAAGCUGACUUUGACUACAGCGUGGGAGAGGUAGAGGUGAUCGUACCGGAGGGAGGAGAUGUGCAGUCCGCCCUGGAGAGGAUUGAACAAGCAGCUCAAAAGCUGGGUCUGAAUGGUGACAAGCGAAUUGAGGGAAAAAUGGACGUUUACCUCAAAAAGCAUCACCCACAGCACUACAUGAAACUAGUGAGUGAGCACAUCUUAUAAGAAAAUGUGUGUCAUUAAAAAACUCUUUUAACAUGUGCUCAGUCAAAUCUGUAAAAUGAGGUCAUAUUUAUUAGAAAACUGUAAAACCUUUAAAGAUCCUCAAACCAAACACAAAUGCUAAACCACUCUUUUCACUUGAAUGGAAGAAGUAAGUUUCAAUUCUCUAAGCAGAUGAUAUUAAUGAUAAUAAUCAAUUGUAACAAGGUAGCAUCAACACAAGAGGUUUACAUUUACUGUGUCACUGAACUUUGUAAACUUUAUUACUGUGUGUGAACAAGUCAACGAGUUAACUGUCAAAAAGGACCAGAUCUUGAUGUACAAACAGUUAUGUUCUCCUAACAAUAAAUAAAUAUCAAUCCUUUUCUAGA